UAAGGCCGACGCCGCAGUCUGAUCGUGAACUUCACUGUAGCCGGGCGUUGCUUUGCGUGUCUCUGGCGAAGAGUUGUGAAACCUAAUUCUCUCCGGUGCAGAGGAACGACAAACGGCAAAACUAAUUUAUGGCAUUAAAAAUGCAUAUUUUCUAGCAGUGCGUUGCCAGUUUUUAUCAUUUGCCAAGUGCGAAAGGCGUGAGCCACGGCAGCAGCUGGUUUCCGUUGCGGCGCUCUCUGACUGCGUGUUCGUGUUGGCGCUUGAGCUCGUGUGUGUGCGCGUGAGUGUCUCUGUGUGCGUGCGUGCAGUUUAUGCGAUCUACGAGCAGCUCAUGCAGCUAAAAUUGGAUUCGACUGGCACAAAGGAGCAUUAGAGCAACUGAGCCUGAAAAUUUCCCCAGCCCCCACACCGAACGCCCGCUGCUUUAGCCGCUUCUUCGGCAUCGUCUUCAUCAACAUCAUCAUCAUCAUCAACUGCAGCAGCAGCAGCGUCGCAUGACUGGACUGGCAACGAAAUGGCUUUCCUAUGUGCAACGCUGGCCACAGUAAUGAAAUGGCGACCUGUGGUGACAUAUCGAUGAUCUCGCCGCCAACGUCUUCCAUUUCGAACGAUCAAGAUCCGUUUGGACAGCUGCCACCGUUACCACCGCCGUUGCGUUCCACUCAAGUGCUUCAGCCAUUGAGCGUAUUUCCAGUGUCCAAUUUGAGCGAAGAUUCUUACGAUUAUGUUUUUGGUGGUCGACGUAAGACUCCGCCCACAACAACGUCAACUCAACUUAAGCUGACCUCGCCGCCAGUGCGCCUGCGACCCGAAGACGCCUAUCGAGGUGAUAAUAUAAACAACGGCCGUUUCUAUCGACAUUCCUUCAGCUACGCCCCCAAGCGCCAGCGCCACUCGAGCCGUGAUGAUCGUGACCGCGAGUCAAGAUUGAGAUGUCAUGGCGAGGAUGAGGCAACACUGCGCCAAUUGCUGCUCGAUCUGCAAAAGCAAGUUAGCGUGAUGAGCAUGAAUCUAUCAGCGAAACUCGAUGAGCUGCAGCGAGGCGAUCGACACCUGGAGACGACAGUCGCCUUGUGCGAAAUCCGCACACAGCUGCAGGAGCUGACCAAGUCCGUGGAGAGCUGCCAGAGUGAGGUAUCGGAGGUCAAACGAGACAUGGUGGCCAUCAAACACGAACUGGACACCGUGCAGCAGGUGAAGGAGGAGAUUGAGGAGCUGCGCGAAUAUGUGGACAGACUGGAGGAGCACACGCACAGACGGAAGCUAAGACUUUUAGAACAAGGUCUCACCUUCUUCCUCACCUACUCCAUAUUCUCGGCGGUGCUGGGCAUGCUGCAAUUCGGCUACAACACUGGAGUCAUUAAUGCGCCCGAAAAGAAUAUUGAGAACUUUAUGAAGGAUGUGUACAAGGAUCGCUACGGCGAGGACAUUAGCGAGGAGUUCAUACAGCAGCUCUACUCGGUGGCUGUCUCCAUAUUUGCCAUUGGCGGCAUGCUCGGUGGUUUCAGCGGUGGCUGGAUGGCCAACCGCUUUGGCAGAAAGGGCGGUCUAUUGUUGAACAAUGUGCUUGGUAUAUCCGGCGCCUGUUUGAUGGGCUUUACCAAAGUUAGUCAUUCCUAUGAAAUGUUAUUCCUUGGCCGAUUUAUAAUAGGUGUUAAUUGCGGUCUCAAUACUUCGUUGGUGCCAAUGUACAUCUCUGAAAUAGCACCACUGAAUCUGCGCGGUGGUUUAGGUACUGUUAAUCAAUUGGCUGUGACUGUAGGUUUACUAUUAUCCCAGGUGCUGGGCAUUGAACAGAUCUUAGGCACUAACGAGGGCUGGCCCAUUCUGCUGGGCCUGGCCAUAUGUCCAGCAAUAUUGCAAUUAAUAUUACUGCCAGUUUGUCCCGAAUCCCCAAGAUAUUUGCUCAUAACCAAACAAUGGGAGGAGGAGGCGCGUAAAGCACUGCGUCGUCUACGCGCCUCCGGCUCCGUGGAUGAGGACAUUGAGGAGAUGCGCGCCGAGGAGCGCGCCCAGCAGGCCGAGAGCCAUAUAUCGACCAUGGAGCUGAUUUGCUCGUCUACGUUGCGUCCGCCUCUGAUUAUUGGCAUCGUGAUGCAGCUGAGCCAACAGUUUAGCGGCAUCAAUGCCGUCUUCUACUACUCCACGUCGCUCUUCAUGAGCUCCGGCCUGACCGAGGAAAUCGCCAAGUUUGCCACGAUAGGCAUUGGCGCCAUUAUGGUUGUCAUGACAUUGGUGUCCAUUCCCCUAAUGGAUCGCACUGGCCGCCGUACGCUGCAUUUGUAUGGACUGGGCGGCAUGUUCAUCUUCUCCAUAUUCAUAACGAUUUCCUUCCUGAUCAAGGAGUUUUUUGGUUAUGUGCAGGAAAUGAUCGACUGGAUGUCAUAUCUGUCUGUGGUAGCUACGCUCGGUUUUGUGGUGUUCUUUGCCGUGGGACCCGGCUCCAUACCCUGGAUGAUAACAGCGGAGCUCUUCUCCCAAGGCCCGAGGCCCAGCGCCAUGGCCAUUGCCGUGCUGGUCAACUGGAUGGCCAACUUUGUGGUCGGCAUUGGAUUCCCCAGAAUGAAGAACUCACUGGAGAACUACACAUUCUUGCCAUUUAGCGUUUUCUUAGCCAUAUUCUGGAUAUUCACCUACAAGAAGGUUCCUGAGACCAAAAACAAAACCUUUGAGGAAAUCUUGGCCCUCUUCCGUCAUAACAACGGCAGGAGUAUGCUAAACUGCACAAAUAGCUUGGAGCCACAAAGUAUGAAUUCUGGCAUCGAGCAUGCCGCAUUGAUGGUAUCUGAGGAGAAGACCCAACAUGACUCACUCUUUGGUACGACUUCGUUCUCGUUGACGGUUGAAGGCAUGGGUCCAUAUCCGUUAAGUGAUAGCACCAAUCUCUUGGGUCCAACGUCGACGAGUUAUGCGAGCGGCGGUGUCGGUGGCGGUGUCGGUGGCGGUGUCGGUGGAGCCGGCUCCACGGCCUGCUAUACAAACUACGGUACAAAUAUACAAACGCCAGUUCCUAAUCGCAAAUGCUACUACAAUGAGUCUGACUAUGGGCGAGACGAUAGCUUUCGCAGGCACUCGGCGCAUGGAAGAAUGUCAUCUGCAUCCGAGCGAUUUUUAGACGGCGGCCGAAUUACACACCAGGGCCGGAGCGCUGCCUCUGCGCCCCAUCACCUUCGUCAGCAAGCACCUGCCUGCCAGAACAGCGGGCCUUGACUGAGGAACGGCUCACCUCCUGAAACUGCCAGUGUACUUUCAACGAGUCGCGCUGAGGAGGAGCAGCAGCAGCACCACCAGCAGCACCACCAGUCCUCCUCCUCCGCCGCCAACUCUGCCGCUGCAGUCGCAACACAGCCCCAGCAUCUGCAUCAGCAUCAGCAUCAGUCCUGUUACACCUCACACGAUUACGUGCAUUGUAGCUAUGAGAAAGAUAUCGUAUGUGAUCAAGCGCCGCCGCUACUGUCGAACAGCACCCAACACAAGCAUGAGCCGCCCCAGCAGCAGGAGGCGGCAGCCGCUACCUCGCAUUGUCAUCAAGCAGCACAGCCAUCGCAGCGCAAGCACAGCCACAGUCACAGUCCGCACCACAGUCGCCACACUUCCCCGCACAGCCAUCACUCCCACCUGGGCCAGGGUCAGAGGCAGUCACAAUCGCACUCGCACCAUCAUCAUCGCCGUCGACGCCGGCAGCACAGCGUCGCUGCUGUGGGUGGCAGCGGCAGCUUGCCUGGCGCCCACACCCACCAGUCGGCCUCGGGCGGCGGCCAGAGCACACGCCAUGUGUGCAGCAGUCGGCGCCAUCGCUCCGUCACGGAUGUGUCCUGCAACUCGAUUAACGCCUGCCAGGAUGCGGCAUGCGCCGACCGCGAGGUGCAGGAGAUAAUGGUACGCAAAUCCUGCUGCAGCUCGUCCCGCACCGAGCUGGCCCAGUACUUUGCAGAAGACCUGUACGGCACUUCGUCGCGUCGGCCCAGCUCCUGCUGCACCAGCUCCGACUACUGCUACCAAACGGACUCCACAAGCCUGUACGGCUCGCGCUCUUCCCUGAGCCGCAACAACUCCAUCAAGUCCGCAUCGGCCGCCAUGCGCAAGCAGCAGCGCCUCCAGGCGCGCCAGCCCAGCUACACGUCGAUAUCCCUGCGGGGCCUGAAUGCCAGUCGACCUAACAGUCAGCUCGGCUCGCUCACCUCCAUCUUCGAUCGAGCCAAGCAAAUCGCCGACGAGAGCAACCUGGUCGAGCACGACCAGCGGCAGGCCACGGUGACGCCCUCCCACAGCUCCACGCUGGACCGGCACAGCUCGAAGGGCGCUCUGAGCAACGAGCUGCCCGAGUAUGCCUGCUCGCCGUCGCCCAUUCGCUGGAGCUUCCUAGCUGAUGGCAAGUCGCCCACUGAGCUGGAGCUGGAGGGCGCUGUGGGUGGAGCUGCUGAGCCAACGGAGCCGACUGCGGAGGAUAAGAUGGAGGCCUGGCAAGAGCCCCAGCCGGAAAUGAAGCCGUGCCGCAAGCUGACCAGCAGUACGGAGACCAGCAGCUGGAAGAGCUCCCUCUACGAUGACAGGCCCAGCACCUCGGCAGCGGCACGGAAGCGACGCGGCAGCAGCUACCACUGCGAGUUCGAGGAGUCGACGACCAUACUGUUUCACCAGGAUCAGGAGGGGGAGCCGUACAACAACUGCUGCAGCAACUACAUACAGUGCAACACCUAUCUGGAUCAGGACCUGCAAAUCACCAGCGAGGACAUCCAUCAGUACCUGUCCAAGGGCAAUCCGAUGACGGGCGAUGUGCUCAACAAUUCCAAGAACUAUCCGUUUCAACCCAGCAAUGCGCUUGAGUUCCAGUACAAGAACAACUUCCAGCAGGGCAACAACAACACGAACAACAACACCAACACCACAAACACGGCUUCAAGCGAUGCUGGCGAAUGCUUCCAUCGGUACGAGCGCAGCUACCACACCAGCUCCAGCAAGGAGACGAAUCUGAAUCAGAAUGCGAGUGGGACCCAGGCGGCGCUGGAGCAGGAGCCGCUGUCCCCCAGCAACAUCAACCUCUCGAGCAGCAGCAACAACAUCAACAUUGUGUUUGGCAGCGCCGGCCAGGAGCGGAACGCCAACGAGGUGAAGUUCAUCAACAAUCGAGCGGGCGAUCGGCAGCGGGAGCGGGAGCGGGAGACCGAGGCGUCGGUGAGCUCCGAGGCGCACCACUCCGGCUACCUGCCCUACACUUAUCCCAGCUACGACUACUCGAACAUGUCCGGGAAUUUGCACUUCGAGAAGCCGCUGGCCAUCGAUGAGCUGCCCAAGGAGUUUGCUGGCAUGCACCUGGACGGCGGUGGCUCCACGACUAGCGAGCAUUCGUCAUCGUUGCACUUCGACUCGUUUGACGCCGCCUCGGAGCAGAACUUGCUGUCGCAGCCCAUGUCGCCCGGGUCGCCAGCAUCGGUUUCAGUUAAUCCUGCUGCCGAUGGGUACAUGCACCACGCCCACUUCGAUCAGCAUCAGCAUUAUCAUGGCCAGUACACGCAUGCGCAUCAACUGCACCCACACAUGCACAGCCACGCCCACGCCCACGCUCAUGCCCAUGCCCAUGCCCAUGACCAUGACCAUCACAGCACCAGCACCAGCACCAACACCAACACCCACACCCACACCAACAGCAGCGGCACGCUCCACUAUGGCACCCACGACCUGGCCGAGGACCAGUUCCGGCUGGGCAACGCCCUCAAGAAGGUGCGCAAGCGAGCACGCAAAUACACAGACUUCCUGCGCAAGAAGUGAGCCGAGAUCGUGAGCCAGACCCCUGCUGAUCAGCCUUACUAUUCCCAUCCCUAGAUUCGCCCUACUUUGGCCGCAAGUAUGUGGUCGUCUCAAAGUCGCGGCCGGUGCAGCCGCGGCGAUCGCAGAGCCUGGACGAGGAUUAGCUGUGGACGGACCAUUCGAAUGCAUUCUCAGCUCACUCUUUUCUAAAAGCAAUAACUCAACAUUUUUCGUAGACACACACACACACACACACACAUAGAUCGCGAAAUGAAUAAAUAACUUAAAUUUGUACACUGCCAAAUGAUAAAGAUGAUUUCAAUAAUGUUUAUUUGUGGUAAGCUGAGUACACUGUACAGUACACUGUGCGGUAUACAGACAGGCACACGCACACACACAUUUACACACACACACACAGACACAGGCACACUCACACUAAGGCAUAUUAAGUCAUUCGAGUACGGCAGCCAGCUACCGAAUAACAAGAAGAACAACCACAACAACGACUAUUUUAAAAAUACCUAAGCUAACAGUGCGUAUACAUGAUAAGUAUGAAAAUUUGUAUAUUCAACUUAAAGAUAAGAACAGGUUUUGAAUUUGCAUAUUUAACUUAAAGAUAACAAAAAGAAAAAACUAAGAACUAAAAAAGCAAAUGGAAGUAAUAAUGCACAACUACCAAAGUAUAGUUUUAAAUGAAGCGGAAAGAAAAACAAAAUGAAGAA